GUUUCCAGGAGACGGUUGGUUGACUGGGGUUGACAAUGAAGGGCCAGAAGAUGAGAGUGAUUGAGUCGCGAACAAACAUCAGCCGGGCGAUGUGUCUACAUCAUCACAGCAGCCGUCGUCAUCAUCAACAGUCGAAGGGAGGACAAUCGUUGCCUUGAAGAUGACAGUCGCCAUAGAAUAUUUACUUACGGUGAUCAAUCUUGGAAAGAAAAGGGCGGAGGGCCAGCCAGGAAUGGGACUCAUUUGCAUCCGGCUGAAAGGGCUGCUUCGUUCACUAGCAACCUAGCGCUCGCUUGCUUCUUAUCCCGCGCAGUUGUUGCAUCGUGCCGUUGUGUGUGCAGCACCUCUUCAGCAACUCUUCGCUUUUUUGGGGGCCCACUCUCAUAUAUAGAUAGCAGUUCCUCCAGUCUGCUACUUCCAUUUUUCGUUCUCCUUGCCAAAAGGGGAAAAACAAAAACUAUAAAAAAAGAAACUUGAAAGCAACUGCAACAAAAAGCCUUGACUUUUCGUGGUCUCCACUGAGUUGCGACUGCACCUCAACGCCAAUCGAGACGUCAUUUGUGCGAUCCGCAAUCCCAAUUUGAUUCACGAUGGAAGGCUCCGAAUCUCCCGCACCUGGACCUGGCGAUCGUUUGCUGCAGUCUUCAGAGUCUCACCAACACGGAGAGUCGUCGGGCAAAGGCCGCGCAGCCUGGCACGCCGUCUUCAAUCCGGAUCGGCCACAGAAUCAAGUACAGCACGUCCGGUCAGCCUCGUCGAAAGGUAGACGAGGUGAACAACGAUCGCGAUCCUCAUCACCGGAGACGGGCGUCGGCUCCGGCACCAAAGGAUCCAGCGCGACCAAAGGUCGUCCAUUCGCCAAACCGAUUUCGCGAGCACUCAACAUGAGCGUGACGCAAAAAGUUGUCGGCUGCCUCAGGAGCAACGUCCUGACAAUCCUCAACAUCGCCGGCGUCUUCUCAGGCGUCGUCCUCGCCCUGGCACUCAGGUCGUCGCGCGAGGAGAAAUGGACACAACGAGAAAUUGUUUAUGUUGGUUUUGUAGGUGAUUUGUUUUUACGAAUGCUUAAGUGUCUCAUUUUGCCACUGAUCGUCUCAUCAAUGAUUUCGGCCGUGGGCUCUCUGGACCUUUCCGUGUCGGGACGGAUCGGUACGCGAGCCAUCGUCUACUAUAUGACCACCACCGUCAGCGCUGUCAUUCUGGGUAUCAUCCUCGUCCUGACUAUCCAUCCGGGCGAAGGAUCCGAUAAGGGAAUCGUUCGCGGCGGUUCCGUCCGUCACGUCACCACGGCCGACAUGCUCAUGGAUCUCAUCAGAAACCUGUUCCCACCGAAUUUGGUCCAGGCUUGCACCGCUCAGUAUAAGACGGUUUUGACACCGCCUGCCGACUAUUUGGAGUCUCUAGCCAAUAUGACCAACUCCAACGGAACCGACGCCGGUAACAUGACCGCCGGAAAGCCAAAGAACCUCUACGACUGGAAGAUGACAUCCGACUACGAGGACGCCACCAAUAUCCUCGGACUCGUCGUCUUUUCCACCGUGUUGGGCAUCACUCUCGGCCGGAUGGGAGCCAAGGGCAAGCCGCUCCUCAACUUCUUCGUCUCGAUGAGCGAAGCCGUCAUGAUGAUCACCGGCUGGGUCGUUUGGUUGUCACCGGUAGGUGUCAUGUUUUUGGUGGCCUCCAAGAUGUUGGAAAUGGAGAGCUGGGAAGUCAUGUUGGGACAACUUGGCAUGUACUUUUUCACGGUGAUGAUUGGCCUCUUCAUCCACGGUUUCGUCGUUCUCCAGCUAAUCUACUUCAUUGUGACGCGGAAAUUGCCGUUCCGCUACGUCGGAAACCUCUCCGAAGCUCUGGCCACUGCUUUCGCCACUUCAUCGAGCUCGGCAACUCUACCCGUGGCGCUGAAAUGCUUGGAGGAGAAAAACCAAGUGGAUCCACGUGUGACCCGCUUCGUCAUGCCAAUUGGCGCCACCAUUAACAUGGACGGAACGGCCUUGUACGAAGCCGUCGCCGCCAUCUUCAUCUCGCAAGUGCGUGGUAUUCAUCUGACCAUGGGCAACGUCGUAGCUGUCAGCAUCACCGCCACAGCUGCUAGCAUCGGCGCCGCUGGUAUUCCUCAGGCCGGAAUCGUCACCAUGGUGAUGGUUCUCGAUACUCUUGGCCUACCAGCCGAAGACGUCUCCCUCAUCAUGGCUGUCGAUUGGUUUUUGGAUCGCUUCCGGACGUUUACCAAUGUGCUAGGAGAUUCGUUGGGAGCCGGUAUUGUGCACCAUUUGAGCCGUCAUGAGCUGGAAGAGAUGCCGAUCGAACCUGCCACUGGUCGAAGAGAGUCUGAUAUUGAACUGGACGGCCCGCUAGCUGGUGCCGAUCUAGAGAAGGGCGAGUCGAGCAACGGUGGCCCAAGCUCCAGGAAUCCCAAUGUUACCUCCGCCGCCGUGGAAGUCGAAUGGCAGUCGACGUCCAUGUGAGUCUCGGCCCUGCCCUCGGAGACUUUGAUCUAAACACCGCGCGCGCUGGCGACACGGCCGUUCUAGAGAUGAUGACGAGCUAUCAAUCGUCAUUGGCGAUUGCGUAGCUAAAUUUUGUGGCACCCGACGAGAAAAAACGACACUUGUUUUCGCAUUUUUCAUGUUUGGACAUUCACAUUUUUUUUUAAAUUUCAUUUUCAAAUUUUAUUCAUUUUUUUUUUUUUUUUUUUUCAACGACGUUAUUCUAGAAAAUUGAUUUAUAAUGAAACACUCCGGUGAAUUUCAUUCUCUGUAUCCUUUUCCUAAAUGAUGCUUUUGGGUUUGGAACUUUUUGAUACGUAGAAUUUAAGAUCAACGUUGUACUGGUAUCUAUUGAAACAAAACUAAACUAAAAAAAGGAAAAAAAAAAAGAGAUAAAAACAUUUUGUGCAACGGUACGCAUUUGAAAAAAAAGUCCCUUCUUUUUUAAAUGUACAUCCAAAAACAUAUAAUGACCCUUUUGCCCAUGUGUUGCCUGCGUUUCUAAACGACUCUGUGAAGAGCGAAAUUCCUUCUUCCUACAUUAUUAUAACCUUAAAUUUUUUCGUUCCGUUAUAUUUUAUUCAAUCAUUACAUUGAAUAACACAUCGUAGACAGGUGUUUAACAUUAAUUAAAAAUUUUAAGAGAUUAAAGUAGCUACAAUUUUCUAAGAAAUGUUGAUUAAAGAAGAGAGUAAAACGAAAAUAUCUCCAACGGCUAAGAGAUGAGCAAACUUUUUUUUUAUUAUUUGGAAUUAUUACAGUUAUUAUGUAUCCGGGAAUUUAUUCGGACUGUCUAUGUCUACUGUUUUUAUACAUACCGUGUAUACACACAUCCUAACGCGGGAAUAAGUUAGUUUGGUAAGAAACAACACUUUUGUUUUUUGUUUGUUUUGAUUUUUUCAACAAUUAAAAAUCGAAAUAAUUUCGUCAAAAUUCUCUUACCAUUGUUUUAUGCAUGUGCACAUAAUAACAAAAUGAAUGUACAAGGAUAAAAGCUAAAAAAAUCUCGGUGUCCGCUUCGUGUCAAAAAAAAAAGAUGAAAAAUCUUCCUUUCCUUAAUUUUUGCUGUUUGUUUAAAGAGAAAGAAAACUGGUGGCUUUUUUUGUGUUUUCAAUGGAUUCCCCAGCUCUUUGAUAUACAUACGCAUAUAUAUAUACCCGCUACACGAAGUGACUGUACACAUGUGUAGAGGGGGGUCAUGAAGAGGAGUUCUCUCCGAAUUCUUUUUUAUAAAUGCCAUUUUUAUCCGCCGUAGGCCAUGACCACAAAACAUUUGUUCUUGAGUUUGAUUUUUAAAGCCCCACCACAAUAUAAAGAUCCCGAAACAAAUGACAUGAUUUUAUGCACACCGAGAAGAAAGAAACAAGCAUAUCAUCGCUAGAUUCCAUCAACCCCACCUUCAUCCUCCCUUAGACAAAAAUUAAUAACAACAAAAAACGCUAAUAGAAUGACAUUUGUUUUGCUCCUCUCGAUUUUAUUUUUGUUUGUUUACUCAAAUAUCUCAAUUCAUUGGGUUGCUACUAAUGCCGUUUGUUUCUUACGUGUUAAUUGGAUGGAAAUUGUUAUGCACCCCUUUUCCGACUUUCAAGAAAUACUUCUCCGAUGGCGUGUAUCGAUGUAUGUCACAUAGGCCAAUAUCUUUCGACAUGAAGACAAAAAAAAAGACUUGUACUACUGUUGCUUUAAUUUCGAUUACGAUAACCGUUGCUAUAUACGAGACGGAAAAUUUUCGAUUUAAUAUCUCUAUCAAAUCUCUCUUAAAAUAAUACUUUGACGCGGCCCGUUUGAAUGUUUUAGACAGAAACUAUUUGCCGUACCAUAAUCAUCCGUUCAUUCCCUAUUCCUCCCACCUUUUGUCUCGUUACCCUUUUUACUGGUAAUUUCGAGCUCCACUUCCCCCCUGCUACAUAACUCUGACAUCUGUAGUUGUUGUUCUAUUCAAUUUGAUAAUAUAGCCUGUUGUAGUGUGCUAUUUCUUGCAUACAUACACUGUUUCCCGUUCA